GGGUAUGUCACAAUUCAUGUUCCUUGAUACUUCCAUAUACCCUGAUCUAUGUACUUAAUAUGUGUUACAUAUUUUUUCGGACCAGUAUUGUCAGCUUUUUAAAAAAAAAUGCAAACUGAGUUUCUCUAGGGUCAUUUCACUUUUGUCAAAUUCUGUCUCCUCUCAAUUUCAGGUUACCUAAGUCUAAUUCCACUGACCAAUGAAGAGACAGAACCAGAGCAUGAUUACCGAGUUCAUCCUUACAGGCUUCUCAAACCUGGGAGAUCUGCAGCUCCUUCUCUUCUUUAUCUUUCUUUUAGUCUACUUGACCACUCUGAUGGCCAACGCCACCAUCAUGACAGUCAUUCGCCUGGACAGGGCUUUGCACACUCCUAUGUACUUCUUCCUCUUUGUCCUUUCAUGCUCUGAAACGUGCUACACUUUGGUCAUUGUACCCAAAAUGCUAACCAACCUGCUAUCCGCAAUUCCAACUAUUUCUUUCUCUGGGUGUGCAGUCCAGCUCUAUUUCUUUGUGGGCUUGGCUUGUACCAACUGUUUUCUCAUUGCUGUAAUGGGCUAUGAUCGCUAUGUUGCCAUCUGCAACCCUCUUAACUACACACUCAUUGUCAGCCGAGCCACCUGCAUGCAGUUGAUUCUAGCCUCCAGCUUUUGUGGCUUCCUGAUCUCUGUGAUUGUCAAUAUCCUGGUGUUCAGUGUGCCCUUCUGUGCCUCCAAUAGGAUCAAUCACUUUUUCUGUGACAUUUCCCCUGUCUUAAAACUGGGCUGCACAGAUACCAACCUGAAGGAGAUGGUCAUCUUUUUCCUCAGCAUUCUGGUAUUGCUGGUUCCCCUUGUGUUGAUAUUCAUCUCCUAUGUCUUCAUAGUUUCCACCAUCCUCAAGAUCUCCUCGGUGGAAGGGCAGCGUAAAGCCUUCGCCACCUGUGCUUCGCACCUCACAGUGGUCAUUGUCCACUAUGGCUGUGCUUCCUUUAUCUAUUUGAGGCCCACAUCCCUGUACUCUUCAGAUAAGGACCGGCUUGUGGCAGUGACUUAUACUGUGAUUACCCCACUACUCAACCCUCUUGUCUACACACUGAGAAAUAAAGAAGUAAAGAUGGCUCUGAGAAAGGUUCUGAGUAGAUACUCAUAUUCCAAAACUGUAUGAGUGGGCAGAUAUGGCAGUAAAUUAUAUUCAUGAAAGUUUCCUAGCUAGAACUUCAGUUCUAUAAACAUAUUUGUCCUUU